GUCAUAUCUCUGCAGGGAGCUGUGAGGGGUCCACAGCCCAUCCUGGAAGCCUGGAUAUGGAUGUGGUGACCUAUGACGAUGUUCACAUAAGCUUCACUCCGGAGGAAUGGGCUUUGUUGACUCCUUCCCAGAAGAGUCUCUACAAAGAAGUGAUGCUGGAGACCUACAGGAACCUUACUGCUGUAGGUUAUAAAUGGGAAGACCACAAUAUUGAAGAACAUUUUCAAAAUUCUCAAAUACAUGGAAGGUGAGUUUCAUGUGCCAGCUGCUACAGAUGUACCUUUGA